UUUUUCCCUUAAAAGUCUUCUCUCCUUUCUUAAUCUUGAUACUUUCUUUGCUGUCACUAAAACCGAAACCGAAGCCUCUUCUAUGAACAAGUACAGUAACUUCUAAAACAUCGUCGUUUCGAUCUUGUUCUGGAUUCAGUCAAACACGUGGUUACGAUUCAUCCGGACACGCUGUCCUCUCAACGCCUCCAACUUCCUAUAUCUCAUAUCUCUCUCUCACGCGCUCUUUGCCGCCAAGGUGGCUCUUCCGCAAUCAGCCACUUCCGCCACCACCUCCACCACCUCCACCGUCGCACACCGUCACCGGAUAAUAUUAUUCAAUGGAUAAAUCUUUCUCCAACGGAGAUGGCCACUUUAACCGAACAUUCUCUUCUUAUUCUUCCGCUUCACAGAGGGAUGUUCGUUAUAGCUGUGGCUCUUGUGGAUAUGAGCUGAACUUAUCCUCCUCAAACCGGAAUACCACAUCCAUCGGAUCAAAAUACGGGAAGUCCAUAAAGCGAGGUAUCAUCUCAUUCUUCAAUAUUGAUGAUAACAGAUUUACCCAGGUUGAUGAGAUACAGUGUGUGCCUCAUUUUCAUAAGCAUUCAUGGGGCUUAUUCCGGCGAAGAACUAAGCUUCUCUGUCGAAAAUGUGGCAACCAUAUUGGAAAUGCAUACGAUGGUUUCACUUCUUCCUUACCACUCGUGUCAGACGGAGCAGAGUUAUCCCCUAGCUCCAAAGCGGCCAGGAGUUUAAAAUAUGACAUCCGCAUUCGGUCGUUACAGCCUUCUUCUUCCGGAGAAUCUGGAUUCCCUGUAUUAGCUUGAAAUACCUGGUAAAAAAUGUACUCAAUUUCCUUUCUACUUAGUAGUCAUUGGCGAUAUGAAGGUUAAGAGUUCAUUAUUAUAUGCAGAGAUCUGGUUUGGCAGUUUUACUUUUUUGGUAAAAAAUGUGAAUAAAUAGCUGUAUGUGAAGGUUGCAAUAAUUGAGUUUAAAAACUACUAAAAGGAUGGGAUUGUCAGGUUAAUAAACAUGGCAAAACAUCCAAAGUAUAAUACUUAUAUUGGUGGGAAGUAAAAGAGAAAUUAAGCUAAACAAAGUUGGUGAUUGGUGUGGUAUGAAGGAUUCAAUGUAGUAUCAGAGCUGCGAGUUGUAUCAUCUAAGAUUAUUUUGAUAAAUAACUUAAUUAAGUGUUUAUACUUUAUAUGAUAAAUGCUUAUUAUAUAUAAGGGCACAAAAGAUAUUUAUCGUGCUUAUCA